AUUGAGGUGGUCGGUCGGUAAUAUUUUACGUGGUUUUUAGUGUUAUUAGUACCUUAAUUUAUUUCAUUUAACAGUUGAGUGUAUAAUUAUUUUAAAACAUUUUCUGCUAAUUAAAAACGGUAUUUUUUAACACCUCAUAAACUUAAUUGGAAAAUGUAAUCAAAAUUUAAUAAUUAUUAACGAAAAAUGUUAUCUAUUGAAGUGCUUUUUUAGGUAUUUUAGAAAAAUCAAUCAAUUGAGGAUAUUUACAAAUUAUUUGGAUUCGGUAUUUGGUUACGUUCAAUGCACGCUUUGCUCUUAUUUUGUUUAGUUAAUCGAAAUAGCGAAAGUGAUUCGUACAAGCCUCCAUAACACAACAACAACAACAACAAUAAUAAUCUUUGCAAACAAGUUUUUGUGACCAAAACAUAUUUACUUCACCUGUUCAUCCGCUUGGCCUAGAGUACUAAAUUCGGCAAAUCACACACAGUUUUGUUUAUCUAAACAACAAAAAAUUACAUCUGCACGAUGAUGUCACAUUCCGGGCAUAUUAUGACGUUGGCCAACAGCAUUAUUGGAGUUGGCAUAUUGGCAAUGCCAUUCUGCUUUCAAAAGUGUGGUAUUGUACUAUCUGUAAUUUUGCUCAUAAUAAGCGGUUGGGUUACACGUAUCUGUUGUCAUUACCUCAUCAAAUCUUCUUUACUUACAAGACGAAAAAGUUUCGAGUUUUUAGGUUUCCAAGCCUUUGGAUCAUCUGGCAAACUGCUUGUUGAACUAUGUAUAAUCGGUUACUUACUGGGCACUUGUAUUACAUAUUUCGUUGUUGUCGGCGAUUUAGGACCACAGAUUGUCACCAAUUUAUUCACCCUACAGUAUGAAACUACGAAACUGCGAACAUGGAUUAUGAUCGCAGUAACCAUUCUUUGCAUUCUGCCAUUGGGUAUGCUAAAGAAUGUAGACAGUCUAUCCACAGUUUGCACAGCAUCUAUUGGUUUCUAUAUAUGUUUGGUGUUUAAAAUUAUUUUAGAAUCUGAAGCACAUAUAAUAGCAAAUGAUUGGUCUGAUAGUGUCGUAUAUUGGAAACCAGCUGGUAUUUUACAAUGUUUGCCCAUAUUUAGCAUGGCAUUAUCAUGUCAAAUGCAAUUAUUUGAAGUUUUUGAGAGCAUCAACAAUCAGAGUUUAGAAAAGCUAAAUGGUAUCGUUCGUAACGCUACUUGGAUUUGUACUUUUGUUUACAUUGCUGUAGGAUUCUUUGGUUAUGUGGCUUUUUGUACGCAAUCCUUCUCAGGAAAUAUUUUAAUGAAUUUUUCACCAUCUUUCGGUAGUGAUGUGAUUAAAAUUGGUUUUGUGCUUUCUGUUGCAUUUAGUUUUCCAUUGGUUAUAUUUCCAUGCAGAGCAAGCAUAUAUUCACUACUUUAUCGCAAGGGUCAUUCUGAUGGUUUAGGCUACAUUCCCGAACAACGUUUUCGAAUUAUUACUGUAUUUAUUGUUAUAUUUUCGUUAUGUGUUGCAUUAAUGAUACCUUCGGUGGAACUUAUUAUUGGUUUAGUCGGUUCAACAAUUGGUGUUGUUAUAUGCAUAAUGUUUCCUGCGUCCUGUUUUCGGAAAAUAAUCAAGAAAAAUUCAACUGAACGAUCUCUUGCUCAAUUUAUACUUGUUAGUGGUUUUUGUUUAAUGAUUUUGGGUACGUAUGCCAACUUAAAUGCAAUAGAUGAAAAAAGUUCUGGAGCACAUUUGGGUCCAGUGGAUGUACAAUUAAAUAUGAAAAACCCUACUAAAACACCAGCUGCAUUAUCAAUAAUUGACUUAGAAAUGCCAAAUAAUAUAAAUGUAGAAGAACAACUAGGGGAUAAAAAAAAUGAAAAGCCUAAAAAUGAUAUAAAAAAUACGGAAGAUUUAAAAAUUGAUAAAAAUAAAAUUCCACUUACUUUAGAAGUUGAAAACAAAAAUUUGCCACCUCCUCUACCAGUUGAUGAGAAGCAUGAUGAAAAACCUUCACCUAAAAUAGAAAUGCAAAAUGUGCCUGCAAUACCAGACAAAUUACAAGUGAUAUCACCUAUACCAGAUGGCGUCUUACCACUUGGAGCUGCUUUGCCUAUAAACAAGGAAAAACCUUCAACAGUAUUCUUGAACAUAAGUGCACCAACAACAAAUUUUACAAACCAAAAUAUAAUUGCACAAAAUGCAACACAACAACAAAAUAUAGACACUGAUGCUAUUAAAAAGGAUGAUGAAAUCGCUGCGGAGGAAAUAAAAAAUAAUAAGCUCAUAAAAUCUGGCGAUGAAGAGUUGAAAAAAACUCAACAUGAAUUAAAAAAAACCAAAGAACUUCUUGAGCGUACCGUAGAUGAACUUAAAGAAGAAUUGGCUAAACAAAAUAAGGAGACACAAAAUUUAGUUGUUGAAAAAUUGGGUGAAGUAGUCGAAAAGGUUGAGCAAAUCGAGCGCAAAGUCCAGCAACAAGACCAGCACCAACAAUCAGGAAAAGAACAACAAAAAAGUGAUUUGCAAGUAAAAGAAGCACCACAAGAACAACAAAAAGUGGAAUCACAACCACAACAAAUGUCACAGGAACCACAUCAAGAUAAAGUUCAAGUGGAACAAUUACCUAACAAUCAAAAACCAGAGAAACAAACGCAACAAUCACCAGAGAACCAUCUUAGUGAAAACAAACCGAACACUAAAGGCGAAAAUAAUGUGGACAGCGUUUUGCCUAAAACAAAGGGCUCGCUUUUAAGCAUACUUUCAGAUGCAGCCAACGAUAAGACUGUAGAUAAACAACAGGUCUAUGAACCACUUUCAUAUAAGACUGGUGAACUUUUAGAACGCGCAUAUAAUGGCAGUAAGUUAGACCAACGGUUACCACUGCCACUUGCAUUGCUUAUUAAUGCAUCUCAAGUAAAAGUGAAUGAAACUAAUAAUCAAAAAAUAAACACAAUAACCAAAGAUAUUUUAAAGUCUACAGAUAGUUUUAAGCAACUAAAUCUAUUAAAUGGAACGAAAAGUAACGACGAAAACACUUUACCAAAAAAUAAUAUUAAUACCGAUGCAAAGGAGCAGCAAAAAACUGGCAAGGAAACUAUAGAAGCAAUAGAUCAUGACAUUUUACAAAAAAGAGUUGUAGGAGAAAAUACGUCCAAAAUAAUUGCUCCUGAAAGUUUUAAAGAGGAGCAUAAAGAAAAACGUUAUAAACGUUCAAUUGACCAAAAAUCUAUAAAUUUUGAUAAAAUCAAUAGUGACCUAGAGAAAGCCAAUUGCCUUAAAGUGCCAAAAGUAGAAACAAUAUUAAGCUACGGUUUAAAUGAUGCCCACGAUAAGAAAUCGCAAAUGAGCCACAAUCUACAAUCGUUCAACAAUAAAAACAAUUAAUAUAUUAAAUUACUAUUAUUAUAUAUAUUUAUUAAUAUUUAUAAAAUUAAAUUCAAAUCUUUUUGCUAAUAUUAAAAAUAUACUAAGAAAAUUAACCCACUGAAGAUACUUAAUACCCACUUAGUCCAAGACAAUGUUAACAUUAGAAAGUAAAUAAAAUUUAA